UUUGCCAAAAAUAAGCAAUUGCCAUUUGCCCCAAGGUUUAACAUAUUCGGGAUAGGAAAUCCCAAGUCCUAAUCCACACUCCACCUUUCCUCUUUCCCUUUUCAUGUAUGCAAUGCUCAGAACUCCGAUUCUCCCUCUUCUUCCCAUUCCACUCUCCUCUAUAUUCCACAAAUAGAUUAACCACAAAACCUUAUUUGCCCUAUGAAAUGGGAAGUAGCAGCGGAAGCGAUGUGGAAGCAGGAUUCGCGAAGCUACAAGGCGAAGAUUUCGAGUAUUACAUGCAGACAUACUCCAUAAUCCUCGGCCGUAACUCCAAGAAGUCAACGGUCGACGUUGACUUAUCUUCCCUCGGCGGCGGAAUGAACAUCUCUCGCCACCACGCACGCAUCUUCUACGACUUCCAACGGCGUCGUUUUGCCCUCGAAGUGUUAGGCAAAAACGGCUGUUUCGUUGAAGGUGUGCUCCAUCUUCCCGGUAACCCUCCUGUAAAACUCGAUUCGCAGGAUUUACUUCAGAUCGGAGAUAAGGAGUUUUAUUUUCUUCUUCCAAUUCGGAGUAUCUUAGGUGGGCCGAUUGGGCCUAGUAGACAUCAUGUCAGUGUAAAUUAUCCAGUUGGGGGCUCUCCUAUUGUGGGCCCCCAUCAUCCUCAUCAGCAGCAACAUGUGCCUUUGCCGCCGGCUGUGGGUUAUGGUGGUGGGGUAGGGAAAAAGGGUUUGUUAAGAGGGAGGGAGUAUUAUGAGGAGGAGUAUGAUGAUGAUGACGGCGGGGAAGAUGGUUCUGGAGCUAAGAAGAUGAGGAGAGGGGAUGGCAUUGAGGGUGGUGGUGGUUAUGGGUAUGGUUCCGGCGGGAAGGCUACUAUUUCUGGGCAUUUAGAUAAGAAGAUAGAGGGAAGAUCACGUGUUGACAGAGAUGCUGACAAUCAACAGCUCAUGCAGUUAGAAGAAAAGGAUGUUGUAUCAUCUGUGGCAAAUGUGCUUUCAGACCUCUGUGGUCCGGGAGAAUGGAUGCCAAUGGAGAAGCUUCAUGCUGAGUUGGUGGAACACUACGGCAAUACCUGGCAUCAUAGUCGUGUGAGGAGAUACUUAACAUCUGAGGAUUAUCCUAGCCCUGAAGCCAAAUCAAAGCCAUGGUAUGGAUUGCUGAUGCUUUUAAGAAAAUACCCGGAGCAUUUUGUCAUCAAUACGCGGUCCAAGGGACGGGUGACUUUGGAGUUUGUUUCUCUUGUCUCGCUGCUUUCGUGAGAGCUUAUAAGAACUUUAGCCAUUUAGUUGUAAUUUAGCUUUAAGUAGGGUGUGAAAUACGAGACCUGAAACAUCGCUGUGAAUUUCGAUACUGGAGAUCAAAUUUGUCGAUGACAUGCACUUGUGGUUACUGCUGUUUGUAGGUCUCAAUUUACUGUUGCAGCACAUUUCUUGUAUCUUUUGACAAGAAAGAUGAUCAUUGCAUUACACAAUGAAAUGAGUUUCAGAUUUCCUCAA